AUGGUUCUUAUGAAGGAACAUGAUAUAUUCCUGGAUGUGGUUCUGAGGCUGCAACAGAAUAAGAGACAUGAUAUGCUUGAUCUAUUUUUCAUAAUAUGUUGGACCUGCUGGUAUAGAAGAAAUAUGAAGAUGUUUGAGAAUAAGGCAAUGAGUAUUGAUGCUAUUUUGGGAAAUGCUUUGGCAAUGCAGAAAUCGUACAAAGAGCUCAAAAAUAAACCUAUUUCUAUCAUUAGAAAUCAGUACAAAUGGGAACUUCCACCUCCUGGUGUUUUCAAACUAAAUGUAGAUGGAGCCUUUUCUUCAUCUGGUUCUGUAGCUGGUAUAGGAGCUAUUGUUAGAGACUCUAAAGGAGAAGUGAUCAUGUCUGCUGCAAAGAAAGAAUGUUCUGCUAUGAUUGUUGUGGAAGUUGAGGCUUUAGCUAUCAUCCGAGGUUUGCAAUUCUGUAUCCAUCUUGGGAUUAGUAACCUGGUUAUUGAAAGUGAUUCUCAGUUGGUUGUCACUGAGUUCAAUCAGCAAGGCCCUUCAAAGGCUACUUUUGGCAAUGUCAUUCGUGAGGCAAAGGAUUUGAUGUCUCGGUUCAGUAUCUGUGAUGUGCAACAUACUUAUAGAAACUGCAAUGUAGCAGCUCAUUUACUUGCCAAAUAUGGCUUAAGUGUUCAGAAUGUUAGCUUAUGGUGGGGUGCAUACCCCGGUGUAAUUUCUAAUGUUCUUUGGUAUGAUUCUAAUACCUUGUAA